ACACUUUAUUUUCGGAUUGUAUUUGCUUUAGGAUUUAAAUAGCUUGUUUAUUUUACACGUGUUUCCCAUUACAUAUUAUAUAAAUAAGAGCAUGAAGGAAUGAAAUUUGACACAUUCAAUUAAUUCAUUUUAAAAUUGCUAGGCAACCAAUAGUUAAAUAACAUGCUCAUUCUAUGGACCAAAAUAAAGACAUAUUUGGAUUUAAUUCUAAAUGCAGUAUUACUUUAAAUGAAGUUAUUCAAUUUGGCAAUGAAAAGAAAAAAGUGGCAAGACGCCGAUGGGCUAUUUUAGCAAAAGCGCUGAAGAGCCCAACGGAAAGUCAGCCUUCAAGUCCAACUGAUGAAUUUUCUGUGCGUCGAAUUUCUUCCUUCAUGUUAUUAAAAACUCAAGAACUGUCUACUAUCCCCAUAAUCCCAGCGGAAAGUCAAUGCAUAGACCAAAUUAAAAAACGUACUUGGUUUAAAUAUUCUAUCACAGUAGACGAAUAUGACUAUUUUAUUAAUGUCGGUCACAGAAAUCGCACAUUUUCCGCAGAAGAUUUGAUGGGAUUUAACAAUACUGGCAACAUAUGCAUUUGGCCUUCUGAAGAAACCUUAAGCUACUAUGUUUGCUCAAACCUAGAGAAAUUUAACCAUAAAAGUGUAUUAGAAUUAGGCGGAGGUAUGUCGUGCUUGGCUGGUCUCUUUGCUGCUAAAUAUGGCAAGCCGAAACGUGUAACAGUUACCGACGGGAACAAGGUUUCGGUAGAUAACGUUCAGGUAACUUUGAAAUGUAACGAAUUUGAAACUUCAGUUAAAUGCAAAGUUCUGAAAUGGAAUUGUUAUGAUGCAGCUGAAAAAUUCGAUGUGAUUUUAUGUGCCGAUUGUUUAUUUUUCGACGAUGCAAGGGCUGAUCUAAUAGAGUGCCUUUGGGCUUGUCUUGCAAAUGAUGGAAUUGCUUAUGUCAUGGCCCCCCAAAGAGGAAACACGCUGGACAACUUCCUGUCGCAAUCCGAAGGAAAAGGUUUCAUAUGCAAAAAGAUCCCGAAUUAUAAUAAUAUCGUUUGGGAGAAAAGAUUGGCUUUAUUGAAUCAUUGUGAUUACAAUGAUAAUAUACAUUACCCGAUACUUAUAGAAGUGACCAAAGAAUAAGUGACCUUAGAAUUUUGCAUAUACCUAUCAAAAAUAGUUGACCAUAUUCCUUAUAUCUAGUCUGAUAUUAACCUUA